GCAGAGCGGUCCGAGCUGUGCGCCCUGCCCCGCCCCCGCUGUGCCAUGUUCCCCGCCUGGGGCUCGGCGCCGGGUACCGCGCGCUGCGCGGCUCCGCACCUCCAUUUCCCGCUUCUCGGCCCGGUUCCCCCCAGCCUCAUUCGCUUCUUUUUCCCAGGCUGCGUCUCACUGCGUUCCCUGCCCGUGUUUCUCGGAUCUUUUGAGUGAUUUCCCUGCUCGGCUCGCUAUCGUCCGCAAAUUUAAUUACAAUUCACCACUCCAAUGAAAGUUUGCGAGCUGCUGUAAAAAGAUACCCCGAUGUUCGCGUAAAUUGUAUCUUGCCCGCCUUAUCCUAAAGCUCUGCCCGGUAAUUCUUCUAAAAUAACUCUGCUGGAAAUCCCACGUCCCCCUGCACCCACUGUUUGGGCACCGGGCACUGAAGCAGCCUCAGGGUGCUCGACUGCAGCAUUCCUAUUUCUUUCUGCCCAGAAAUCAGUGCCCGCUGCUUUGCCGCUGUUCUGAUCCAGCACCACGAGCUGGGGUCAGCAGUGUGCCCAGGUGUCUUGCUCUGUGCCGGGGCUGUUUUUGCAUCCCUGCAGCUGUUUUGAUGAGGCCUCUGCCUCCUUUGCAUUUUUCUGGUUAAAAACAGUAAUGUUGCCCUUCAUUUUUGAUCCGUCAUUAAUUUUCUCUCCCUCCCUAUUUAUUAAUAGCCCUCUUCCCUUUUGUGCUGAACCUGCCCUGCUGUAUUUGUGAAGCCCUUUGCAUUCCCCUCCGCCUGUAGCUCCAUUUGCUGCCGUGCCAUCCCUUUUCUCCCUGCAGCUGUCGAGGGACGCUAUCGCCCCAUAAAUCACCUCCUGUCUGCGGUGCUCCAGGUAUCUCCUUGGAGCAUCAGAAGCGCGAGGCGCAAUUGAAAUCUCCCUUUUCUCCGCAUGUCUGCCUGCACACCGAUGUCACCGCUCUGCUGUCCCCAUGCGUGCUGUCCCCACAUGUUGCUCCCCAGAGCAGGGCAGGGAGGUGGCAGUGGGGACAGCUGCCCGCCGUCUCCUCUCUGGAUGUCAGCACCGUGCAGCAGCAUCCUAAUCGGGGCUGUUUAGAAUCUCCUCGUGGCUGCGUUUAUUAGGGUAGCAGUAUUUUUUUUUUUUUCACCCAGCCUGCAGCAAACUAUAAAGAGUGACAUUGCCAAUGCGUGGUCCCAUAUGGGCAAUCCCACUCCGCAGUGGCCAAGGUGUUGCCGUCCCCUGCUUGCAGUUAGGGCUGUAGGGUUACGUGCUCUAUUGAUGGCAGGAUGGAUUGAGUGGAAUUAGAAACCUCGAAGGCUAAAAAUACAGCGCCCUGCCAGGAAAUGAGGCAGCCUGCUGGGAGGGCGCUGGGUGGCACUUCAACUUUUCCAGGAACUGGCACACUGCACCGUGCUGCGUGCUUGCACUGAGACCUCACAGCCUCGUGCCAGAGCCAUGCUGCGGGCUGGGAGCAGCAGGGAUGCCCUGCCUUGUGCAGGGUGAGUGAGACCCACAGCCUGCAUGCUGUGCCCAGGGAAGAAGCUGUGUGCUGGCACGGCUACGCACGCAGAGGGUACUCCCAGCACCGUCUGGCUGAUGCAGCACCAUCUGCUUUGGAAGGUGAGGCAAGGUGGUGGUGGCACAAUGGAGGCAGAGGGCAGCCGGGCGCGCCGCAGGAAGCCCGACAUGGCCCUCUAUGUGCCCAAAGCACGGCGGGAGAGAGCGGCACACGCGGCAGCCGCCAGCCACCGGGAACCUGAGAAGCAGUGCCCGGCGCCAGACAUCCCCAAGGGUGGCUCUGAGGGGCAGAGGCGAAGCCCCGGAACCAGGACACACAUGGGCAGAGCGGCUGGCAGGGAGAGCAAGACCGGGGCCAAAGAGCCACGGGCAGCCUCUGCCGGGGACAGACACGCAGCGGGAGCAUCACCCGAUGUGCAGGAGCUGAGCCUGGAGCCAGCUGCUGCACAGCCCUCAGGCAAAGCAUCCUGGAAUGCAGGGCCUGGGGAGCGCAGCCAUGAGGUGAGGACGGUGCCGGACACUCCGGGUGCCCAUUCUGCGGCUGUCCCUGAGCAUGGUGGAGAUCCUGAUGAUGUAAUGGCAGCUGAGCUGAGCAUGGUGCAUCGGACAGAGUUGGGCAACGUGACGGAGCUUCUGGGGCACAGCUCCCUGGGUGCAGCUACGGAGUGCUCGGGGUGCACUGAACAGGGUGCCUUGCAGCAGGCAGGAGAGGGGAAUGUGGGCAGCGUACCCAAGCUCAGCUGGGAGAGUGUGAAAAGCCAUGAGGAGAGGAGGGAGUGUGAUGAAUCUGUCCUUGCAGGGCAGAAUGAGGGCUGGGACAUAGGCAGCACAUCCCAGCUCCCGCCAGAGCAUGAGGAGCAGCUGCCACCCAGCAAGGAGCAGGCCGGUGCUGGUGCUGGACACGAUGGAGGGGAGAGUGUCCUUGUGCCCGAUGAGAGCAGUGAGCUGGGGACUGGUGAUGAGAUGAGCUGUGCUGGGGGGACAGAAAGUGGCCCCGGGGAAGAGGAUCCCCUGGGCAGCCCCCAGCCCCUGAAACCCCUUGAGCUGCUGUGCCGUGGCAUGGAGCAGCUCUCAUCUGGAUCCUGGGCUGAGGAACCGACGCAAGCAGAUGAGGACAAAGGCUGGCAGCAACAGCACCAGGAGGAGGAGGAGGAGGGUGAGGAGGGAUGCCCCCAUGGCAGCUCCCUAAAGCUGAGUCAGCCUGGUGCCGGGACCCCGAGCAGCCCAGGCGGCGCAGAGAGCUGGGAUGCGCUGUUCAAUGAUGAUGGGGAUUGCCUGGACCCACGCCUGCUGGAGGAGCUCUCUGGGGGCCUGGAGCGCCGGCAGAGCCUGCAGGAGCCCCGCUUCAACUACUACAGUGCUGAGCCAGCCGUGCCGGAUCUCAGUGACGCUGAGCUGCCCCACGUCAUCGAGAUCUAUGACUUCCCCCCAGAUUUCCGCACCGAGGACCUCCUGCGCAUCUUCUGCAGCUACCAGAAGAAGGGCUUUGACAUCAAGUGGGUGGACGAUACGCACGCUCUGGGCAUCUUCUCCAGUCCCAUCACAGCGCUCGAUGCCCUCAGCACCAAGCACCUGAUGGUGAAGACUCGCCCGCUGUCCCAGGGCACACGGGCGGCCAAAGCCAAGGCGAGGGCGUAUGCUGACUUUCUGCAGCCAGCCAAGGAGCGCCCUGAAACGUCAGCUGCACUGGCACGGCGCCUGGUCAUUGGUGCCCUGGGGGUGCGAAGCAGCCAGACUCCUGCCCAGCGGGACGCUGAGCGCAGGAAGCUGCAGGAGGCACGGGAGAGGAAGCGCCUGGAGAACAAGCAGCGGGAGGAUGCCUGGGAAGGCCGGGAGUGAACGUCCUACAGUGGGAUGGUGCUGGCGAUUAGGGGCACCUGCACAUGGAGAUGGAGCUGGUGCUGCUGCUGCCUGUGGGCUCUGUGCCAGGUGGAGCAGGCACACAGGAGAGGGGCCAGGGCACAGCGUGCAGGGUGCUUGAGGGCCAGCUAGGGUCAUGCCAUGGUGUCCCAGGGCUGUUCCCAGGACUGUGGUGACACAUGCUAUGUCAUCGCCAUGGCCACCCUGAGCGUUGUGAGUGAAAACGUCCUUUAUUUUGCUAAUAAAUACCAUUUAUUUUGCUUU